AUGAUAGCCAUUCAAGCUUCGACGAAAGUUUUGAAAUAUUCUAAAACUCUCUUGAACAUUCGAAAUGUUAUUGUUAAUAUCGUUCAUCGCCUUUUUUCCAUAGCUAAGAAACUUUGGCAAAGAAAUUUAAUGCCUGUUGUUCUCGGUUAUUAUUUCUGUAAUUGUGGAAUACUACCAACAUGGUUUGAUGAUCGAUUAUCAUGGAUACUAAAUGCUUCAAUUAAUAUUGAAGUAGUUAUGCUACCGGUUAAAAGUAUAUGGAUACCAGAUACAAUGAUAUUGAAUUCAGCAGAUGCAAGUGGUUAUCUCACAGUGAGUGAUUAUAGUUUGGCAUCUGUCUACUACACAGGUCAAGUGUAUAUGAUAUUACCAGCAUUAACAAUAAAAACAAGAUUAAUUGAUACUAGUGGAUAUAGUGAACAUCCUUUAUGGGAAUUGAAUGAUAUAGAUUUGGCUGUAAUUAAUGCAACAGAUAGGGCACCAUUUGAAGAUACUUAUAAUGCUGUAAUAUCAAUACAGUUAUUUCUACAAAGAAAACCAUUAUUUUUUAUGAUGAAUGGUAUAUUUGCAUGUUUUAUUUUAAAUUGUGUUACAUUGUUAUCAUAUGCAUUACCUUUUGCACCACAAAUUGGUUUAUGUAAAAAUAUUUUCUUUUCUUGA